CCCUGUAUGGAAACUUUGGAAAGUGAGAAGCAAAAGUGAACUGUCAACAAUUUAACAUGUUUUCCUGAAGUUCGUAGAAAUUAAAUAAAAAUGUUAGGAAGAGUUUUCAGUAAAGAGAUAAUCUGACAAUAUGGAUGAGCAAGGCUGCCCAAGAUGUAAAACUACCAAAUAUAGAAAUCCGUCAUUGAAGUUGAUGGUAAACGUCUGCGGACAUUCUUUAUGUGACAACUGUGUAGAUCUGUUGUUUAUAAAAGGAUCAGGAGCGUGUCCAGAAUGUGGAACGGCCAUCAGAAGAAGUAAUUUUCGUUACCAGAUAUUCGAGGACGCACAAGUAGAAAAAGAAAUUGACAUCAGAAAGAAAAUCUUGAAAGAUUAUAAUAAGAAAGAAGAAGAUUUUGAUAGUUUACGAGAAUACAACGAUUAUCUAGAAAUGAUAGAAACCAUCAUUUAUAACCUUGCAAAUGGUAUUGAUGUUGAGGACACGAGAAGACAGGUUGAUAGUUACAAGAAAGAAAAUAAAGAUGCCAUUCGUAAAAAUCAAUCUAAACUUAGUCGUGAUGAAGAGUAUUUAGAGAUGUUAAUAGAAGAGGAAGAGAAAACAUCAUCGCUACGUAAACAGAUGAUUCAUGAUACCGAGGUACUGGAGAAAAACAAGAAAAGACGAGAAAAAGAGGCCUUGAUUGAUGAACUGAUGUUUUCUGACAUGUCAGCAGCUGAUAUUUUAACGAUGCAUAAAACAACUGCCCGACCAGCAGAGGCAGUAGAUAACUCAAGUUUCCAACCAUCACAAACUACUCGCUAUUCUACAGGAAUACAAAGGGGUCAACAGAGUGGUCUGAUUCCAAUGCCUAUGACCGAAGCCAAUCCUGUUUAUCACUAUGAGGAUCUGGAAUUAGAAAGAUGUGGUCCUAUCUACCCUACUAUAGAUGAUAUUAUAGAAGUUGGAUAUUUAUCGAAUGUACGAGCAGCAUCAGAAUCAGAACGUGCCGGUGGAUUUGAAGCAACGCUGUGUUGUCAGAGAGCUUUACAAGAUGCUUUAGGCGGAUUAUUUUAUUACCCGGAACUUGCUGGCCAAUCAACCUCUGUCAUGUGAUCACCACAGACCGAAAUCGUGAAACACGACUGACAGAGAGUGGAAUUCAGAUUUGUUCAUAAAUUGGAGUUGAAAAAUAUUGUAUUAAAAAUGACCUGGGAAAUUUCAAAAUAUGAAAUUUAGCUGAAUCAAUUCGACCAUGGUGAAUGAAAUAGUACGAGACACAGGAGACCCAUUGUGUAUUCCUACAUCAUUGUUAACUAGCUGUAGCGAGCCGACGUGCGAGUAUGAAUAUAUAAUUUGAAGUUCAUUGUUUACAUGUUCGUAUCGGGGGGGGGGGGGGUAAACUUUUACAUAUCAUUGUUUAUUCUUACAACAUGGCUAAUUACAGCGAGAUGACUAACAAGUUCGAGAAAAUAAGUACUAUAACAAUAUAGCGACCUGACUUACAUGUACGAGAAAAUAAUUACUAUAACAAUGUGUAUUAUAUUAAUAUUAUAAACAUGUUAAACUAUAUUCAUCAAUCUUUGAGUGGCAGUCAGCGAUUGAGCACAAUAAAAAAAAACACAAUACAAUUGAUAGGGAAUACAAUAUCUGGUUUAUACACAUCUAGCAUAGCGUUUCGAAAAAUGCUUUAUAACGACAAGAGAAUACUUGUCGAAACGUUGUGCUAUAUGUGUAUAAACCAGUGAUUGUUUUCCAUAUAAAUUGUAUCAUAUGAUAUUAAACAGUUUAUUUUACUCGUCAUAAUUGAUGCAAUUAUUCAUAGUUAAUAAUCGAUAGUUAUCGGAACGAAAUGAUGUGUAUAUUUGUUAUAUUCAAUAAGUUCUUUGUAUAUAAAAACAAAUGUUUAACAACUA